AUGCCCAAUUAAUCUGAUGAGUCCUCCUCCAAUGAGAAACAGAGCAAGACUGACAAGGACGGGAUAGAAAACACCAUGGAAACAUCAGAAGAGAUGAUCCGGAAGAGGAUCAGAAGAAAUACUCCAAGUCCUUACAGACUCAGCCCCCAGUCCAGUCCACCCAGGUUUGUGUCAGUGGAAGAGCUAAUGGAGACAGCCAAAGGAGUCACUAAUAUGGCACUGGCUCAUGAGAAAGUAAUGAACAGUGCUUUUCAAGUCAAGCCUUAUGAGCCAGAAGAGGGAAGUUUGGAGAAAUGGGUCAAAGAAAUAAUGCACAAAGCAUUCUGGGAUUGCCUUAAGUCACAGCUGAAUGAGGACCCACCAUCGUACAGCCAUGCUAUCAUACUGGUUGGUGAAAUUAAAGAGGUAAAGAAAAUUUUUUUAUUGACAGGACAGAGCCGACUGAGAGGCCAAAUUAAAGAGGCUCUGGACCUCUUAUUGAUCCAGCAGGAGGCUGAGAACGGAGCUCUAGACAUCAGUAAGGUAGCCCAGUUCAUAAUUGACAAUGGCACCUUUUGCGCACCCUGCCGAGAUGAAGACAUCAAACAUCUGCGUGAAAUCACUGACAUUGUGCCCCUUUUUAAGUCUAUAUUUGCAGUGCUGGACAAAAUGAAGAUCGACAUGGCCAACUUUGCUGUGAGCAGCCUGCGACCUCACCUCUUACAGCAGUCGGUGGAAUAUGAGCAGAAGAAAUUCCAGGAGUUCCCAGAGAAACAACCCAAUGCUUUGGAUUUCACAAAGAAAUGGCUCCAGGACACAGUGGAUUAUGUUACCGGUGGACGAACGGAGGGAAGAGCAACAUGCACACCAAACUCUACUCAACUUCUUCUAACUAUACACAAUCAUGCAUAUUUACGCCUGUUAAAAUGGGACCAUGAUAGGACUCUUCUCAUGGAUCAGGGCAGAUUUCUGGUGGCUUCAGUCCUGCUGGUAGUCUAUAACAGUGCCGGUGAAGCCAUUUCUGGACUCCCAGGCCUCAUGGAAAGACUGAAGAAAACCAUUAAGAUUCUGUUAGCAGAGAUGCACUCUUCGUCCUUUAAAGCAGAUGAAAUUGCUGCGGUUGCAGAGAAAUUGUGUGUGGAGCUCAGAGGAUGCUUGUCUCAGCAUGGCUUUUCCCCAUUUCCUUCUGACAGAGAGAACACAUUGAAAGGCCAAAUUGUAGCUGUGAAGUCUGUGGACAACCCCAUACACAAGGUCAUUGACUCCCGAAUCCAGACGUACCUUCUUGGCUUCCUGGAGUCAAGCAUCCACCGGUGCGCCCAAGCUCUCCCUGGAGGUCUGACACCCAUCAGCAAAGACUUAGAGGAGAUUGCUGUUAAGCUGGAACGUUUGGUGACCUUCAACAAGCUAGUUUACUCUCCGUGCUACCACAAGAUCCUCCAACAUAUUCUGAAAUAAAGGCGAAAGUUUAGACGUGCAAAUAAAACCUGAAAUACUUACCACUAGUGUUCCUGGCUUUCACAUUCUGUAGCUAUGAGCAAAUUAAAGUGUCUGUAAAGUAGCUGAAGCUCACAUGCUACCACUAACUGUUAUUUAAUGGUUAAGAAUCCUCACCUUUUCUCAUUGCGUUCUAUAUCAGGAAAUAUUUAUGAAUGUAUCGAGACAUUUUAAUUGCCUAAAGCUUGGAUUACUUUAGGCAAUAACUGAUAACUGUUAGAAUAGCUUACUGAGGAGAACCUCGCGA